AUGGCUGAAUAUGAGUUUUUUUCUGGAAAUGAAUUGGUUCAACAUGUAGAACUAAAAUUUAAAUCUUUAAUCAUCAUAAUAUCUGAGAUAAAACAGUCUAGUCUCAAUUAUGAGUUUGAUCCAUCAAUACGUAAUGAUAUUAAUGAGUAUAUACAAAUUGUAGAAACAGAUUGUCAGACAAUAAUAAAUGAUAUUAAAAAUAAUUUGUUUUCAAACAAAAUAUAUCAUAAGACUCAAAAUAUUUACGAUGAUAAAAUAAUGCUGCCGUCAAUGUGGAUGAUAAAUAAUGAAGACUACUACAAACAAAAAAUGCAAAAAUUUGAGGUUGAAAUCAAUUCUAAAGUUGAUGAUGUAACAAAAUCAAUUGGAUCAACUACAGAUAUUUUGAAUGCAUAUUAUAAAGAAAACUUAUUACUUGAUGAACAAACUAAUGACAUUUAUCAGAAAUUAAAUUUACAAAAAGAUAUACUUAAUCAAGAAAUUGAUAAGUUCAAUAACACAGAUGUCAUGUUAAAAGAUGCCUUUGGCAAAUGGAAAGAAAGUCUUUUAAAAAAAAAUGAUGAAAAUGUCUUGUUGAUGAAUGAAGCCCGUAAAUUGAUAUUUAAAUAUCAACAACACAUGUAUGCUUAA